GGACCCGGAAGUGAUGUGCAGUCAGCAGACCGAGUGAAAACAACAACAUCAGCUCUCUGUUUUGUCUGAAAACCCCGAAGCCUCCCGCGGACUCACCGAUCUCUCUCCCGGAGCAUUCCCGGCGAAGGGUGCUCUGGAGGCGGGCAGAGAUGUGGAUCCAUCCCGAGGAGGUGCUGCUGGCCGGAGCUCUGUGGGUCUCGGAGCGGGCCAACCCGUUCUUCAUCCUGCAGAGAAGGAGGGGGCACGGACGGGGAGGCGGCCUGUCCGGUCUUCUGGUGGGGACUCUAGACGUGGUUCUGGACUCGAGUGCUCGAGUGGCUCCCUACAGGAUCCUGCUGCAGACGGCCGACUCUCAGCUCUACUGGAAUAUUGCCUGUGGCUCGUCCAGGAAAGAGAUCACUGAGCACUGGGAUUGGCUGGAGACCAACCUGCUGCAGACCAUCUCCAUCUUUGACAAUGACGAAGAUGUCACCACCUUCGUCAAGGGAAAGAUAUCUGGAAUCAUUGCUGAGGAGAACCGGCUGAAUCAGGCGGAGGAGCAGGAGGAGGAUUGUGGGAAGUUUCGGGAGGCUGAGCUGAAGAUGAGGAGGUUGUUUGGGAUGCCUGAUGAAGAGAAGCUGGUGAAUUAUUACUCCUGCAGCUACUGGAAGGGCAGAGUGCCCCGGCAGGGCUGGCUCUACCUGUCCGUCAACCAUCUGUGCUUCUACUCCUUCCUGCUGGGCAAAGAGGUGACCCUGGUGGUGCAGUGGACCGAGGUGACCCAGUUGGAGAAAAAUGCCACCCUGGUGUUUCCAGAGAGCGUUCGAGUGAGCACACGUCACACUGAACAUUUCUUCUCCAUGUUCCUGAACAUCAACGACACCUUCAAGCUGAUGGAGCAGCUUGCCAACAUCGCCAUGCGUCAGCUGCUCGACAACGAGGCGUUCGCCGCCGACCGCUCGCUACCCAAAGCCACCAAGACGCUGAAGAACGUCUCUGCGCUGAAGAGGGAUUUAGACGCCCGGGCGAAGAACGAACGGUAUCGCACCAUGUUCAGGCUGACGCAGGACGAGCGUUUAGACGGGCACACAGACUGCACACUUUGGACGCCGUUCGCCAAGAUGCAUGUGGUGGGACAGCUGUUCAUCUCCAACAACUACAUCUGUUUUAACAGCAGAGAGGAGGAUCUAUGCCAGCUCAUCAUUCCACUCAGAGAGGUGUCCAUCGUGGAGAAGGCGGACAGCAGCAGCGUCCUGCCGUGUCCCGUUUCCAUCAGCACCAAGAACAAGAUGAACUUCCUGUUUGCCAACCUCAAAGACAGAGACUUCUUGGUUCAGCGAAUCUCCGACUUCCUGCAGCGAACACCCGACAGCUCGUGGGGCGACACCAACCCGUUGUCUCUGAUUGGUCACUCGGCAUCUGCGUCUGCAGUGUCUGAGUCUACCCAGAGAGGGCAGCAUUUUCACCCCGGACUGCCCACAGCCAGCCAAGGUCUGCUGGCGCUCUACCACCGAGACGCUCCUGAGGACCUGGGACCCAAAGCUAUGAAGGAGAAGAUGAAGGAGGAGUCAUGGAACAUCCACUUCUCAGAGUUUGGACGAGGAGUCUGCAUGUACAGAACCUCCAGAACCCGAGAACUCGUCCUGAACGGGAUCCCAGAACACCUUAGAGGAGAGCUUUGGCUGCUCUUCUCUGGUGCGCAGAACGAGAUGGCUUCUCACCCUGGUUACUAUGGUGACCUGGUGGAACAGGCCAUGGGACUGUGUUCGUUGGCGACUGAGGAGAUCGAGCGCGACCUUCACCGCUCCAUGCCGGAGCACCGCGCCUUCCAGAACGAGACCGGGAUCGCUGCUCUGCGCCGCGUCCUAACCGCCUACGCACACCGCAACCCAGGCAUUGGAUACUGUCAGGCGAUGAACAUCGUCACCUCCGUGCUGCUGCUCUACUGUCCAGAGGAGGAAGCCUUCUGGCUGCUGGUGGCGCUAUGUGAGCGAAUGCUGCCGGACUACUACAACACCAGAGUAGUAGGUGCUCUGGUGGAUCAAGGCGUGUUUGAGGAGCUGACUCGGGCCUUCCUCCCCCUGCUGUAUGAACACAUGCAGGAGCUGGGAGUAAUCACCACUAUCAGUCUGUCCUGGUUUCUCACCCUCUUCCUGUCAGUGAUGCCCUUCGACAGCGCCGUCCUAUUGGUCGACUGCUUCUUCUAUGAGGGCAUAAAGGUCAUCUUCCAGGUGGCACUGAAUGUUCUCCACGACAACAUGGACGCCCUGCUGUCCUGCAGUGAUGAGGGCGAGGCCAUGACCAUCCUGGGCAGGUACCUGGAUAAUGUAGUAAACAAACAGACUGUGGCUCCACCCAUCCCUCACCUGCACGCCCUGCUGACAAGUGGAGACGACCCUCCGCCUGAGAUCGACGUCUUCGACCUCAUCAAGUCGUCCUAUGAGAAAUUUGGCACCCUGCGCUCUGAUGUCAUCGACCAGAUGAGGUUCAAGCAGAGGUUAAAGGUCAUACAGUCACUGGAGGACACUGCGAAGAGGAGCGUGGUUAGAGCGAUGAUGACGGAGUCCGCCUUCACUAUCGAGGAGCUGGAGGAGCUGUACUGUCUCUUUAAGUCGAAACACAUGACCAGCUGUUACUGGGGCUCCAGCAGCUCGGCGGCAGAGCGUCACGAUCCCAGCCUGCCGUACCUGGAGCAGUACCGCAUAGACCCCGCCCAGUUCACUCAGCUGUUCACCGCACUCGCCCCCUGGAUCUGUGGAGGCCACACCCCCACCCUGUCAGCCCGCCUCUUCAGACUGCUGGACCAGAACCAGGACGGGCUUGUCAACUUCAAAGAGUUCAUCACCGGACUGAGCGGGAUGUAUCAUGGAGACAUGACAGAGAAACUGAAGCUCCUGUAUAAGCUCCACCUCCCACCAGCUCUGUGUCCAGAGGAGGCGGAGUCUGCCUUGGAAGCGACAAACUUCUUCACAGAGGACGAGCGCGAAUCUUCUUCCCUGUGUGAUCUGGACACUUCAGGGCAGCAGGAAGUGACCUCAGGUGAGGAGGGGAAAGAAGGAGGCGUAGACAGCGAGGACAAGAAAGAGGAAAGGCUGAAGGACUACAAGUACUACCUGAGGAUGUGGGCCAAAGUGAAGGAACUAAAGACUGAAACAAUCAAAGACCUUCCCAGAAUGAACCAGGAGCAGUUCAUUGACCUGUGUAAGACUCUGUACAACAUGUUCAGCGAGGAGCCUCUCGAGCAGCAGCUCUAUCACUCCAUCGCCACCGUCGCUAGCCUUCUGCUUCGGAUCGGGGAGGUCGGAAAGAAGUUCAACAACGGCGGCAGGAAAACCGACGACCCUGUACAGGCCCCGCCCCCAGUGCCUGAAAGUGAGGAGGAGGAGGGGCUUGGACUGGGGUGCUCGGGUGAAUCUCAGGUGUGCCGGGCUCUGGCAGAGGCUCAGCUGGAGCCGGCGGCUCCGCAGACAUCCGACGAGGAGACGAAGGACGACACGUCGGUCUCGUCGUACUCGGUGGUGAGCUCCGGCUCGCUGCAGUGCGAGGACAUCGCUGACGACACCGUGCUGGUCGGCAGCGGUGAGCAGAGGCAAGGCAGCGUGCUGGACGUGGAUUGGUCGAUCACCUUUGAGCAGGUACUAGCCUCACUGCUGACAGAACCGCCACUUGUCGACUACUUCGAGAGGAAGAGGGAUCUCCAAAGCAAGAUGGACGCCUGUAAGGCCCAGCGAGUCGUGGAGCGUCAGAUGAGCUCCACCUCCGACCAUGAACUAGCUCAGCAGUCCAUCUGAUCCUCCCUCACCUGAACUCAUCACUGACCUUUACCUGUGAAGGUGUUCUGUAUUGAAACACUCUCUGCAGGAUCACCUGGACUGAAAGCUAACAGAGGAGCAGGUCAAAGCUGAACAAACUACGGAAGCCCCAGAGACCCAAACCUUUUUUUUCAACACAUGAAUGAAUAUGAAAAUUACUUUUAUUAAAUGUAAAAAAAUCUUAAGUAUAUGUUAACUGUUUCUUUUUUUGUUGUUGUAAAGAACAGUGAACAGAAACAGAACAAUCUGCUGAUUAAAGAAAUAUAACAGAAGACUCAGCUAAUAAACAAAUAUGUAAACAUUGAUUUUAAAUAGUGGAUUUAUGUUUCAAACAGGCUGAAAUAUUAAGUUUUUACAUUCAGAAAAUAAAAGUUUACGGACUCAGUUAAAUAACAAAAUAAAUCAAUGUUUAAACGUG